CAUCAGCAGCUCCGCUCCUGGUGACGUGCAGCGCUCAGCUGUGCGGUAAACAGCGGCGCGAGCGGCGCGAGCUGCUGCGGAUUGAUGCCGACCCCAGCGCGCGUCAGGAGGCGACAUGUGUCCUCAGACCCUCUGACCUCCACCUCCACCUCCACCCCGCGGCACUGAUGAAGCCUCCUCUGCCGGAGCCACAGCGGGCCGAAGGGCGGAUAGAGGAGAGAGAUGUACUGGCGCGUCGGCUUCGCCUGGAGCCGCUCCUGCGCGCUUGAGCUGGGCCGGAACAAGAGCUUCUCGCUCGGCUUGAGCGGCUCCGAGGAGCAUCUGUCGCUGUAUGGGUACAUCAUCGCCUACCCACUGCAGGAGUACGGAGGGAUCAUGUCUGCGUUAGGAUUUGACUCCUGGUGGAGAAAAACGCUCUACAUCACCGGGGGCGCGCUGCUCGCCGCCGCCGCCUAUUUACUACACGAGCUGCUUGUCAUUAGGAAGGAACAGGAGUUGGACUCUGAAGACGCCAUCAUUCUGCAUCAGUUUGCCCGGCCCAAAACUGGAGUCCCUAGCCUGUCCCCCUUUUGCCUGAAGAUAGAAACAUACCUGCGGAUGGCGGAUCUGCCCUACCAGAACUAUUUCGAUGGGAAGUUGUCUCCUCAAGGGAAGAUGCCGUGGAUCUCGUAUAAUAAGGAGCAGGUGUGCGGGACAGAGUUCAUCAUCGACUUCCUGGAGGAGAAGCUCGGCGUGAACCUCGACUCCAGCCUGAGUCCUCAGGAGAAAGCAAUCUCGCGUGCCAUCAUCAAAAUGGUAGAGGAACACUUCUACUGGACGAUAGCAUACUGUCAGUGGGUGGAUAAUGUGGAGGAGACGCAGAAGAUGUUAGCCACAAACGGGCCGCUGAGUGACCUGCUCAGGUGGAUCUUGAGUCAGGGGACCGGCAGCAUUGUGAAGAGAGAGAUGUACGGCCACGGGAUCGGACGCUUCUCCAAAGACGAGGUUUAUUCUCUGAUGGAGAAAGACAUGCGCACCCUUGCCACAUUCCUCGGCAAUAAAAAGUAUCUAAUGGGCCCGAGGCUCUCCACAGUAGACGCUGCUGUAUUUGGUCAUCUCGCUCAGGCCAUGUGGACUCUCCCAGGAACGCGUCCGGAGCAGUUAAUCAAAGGUGAGUUCAUCAACCUGGCCAUGUACUGUGAGCGAAUCCGCCGGAAAUUCUGGCCGGAGUGGUUUGUGGACGUCGACGACCUUUACUACGACGGACUGAGCGAGGAGCCGGAUUCUCCUUCCCAGCUUCCAGAUUUGGGUCUGUACUCACGCAGUGGCAGCUUCCAAGAGCAGGAAAGCACUCUGUCCCACCACGACACGCCCUCGCCGGACAGCGACGUCACCGGACGCUCUCUGUUUGACUCGGACAUGGACACCGAAUGCUCGGAAAUGGAGCAGUUGAAGUGAAAACCACACCCCCUUGAUGAUGCAUCUGCACGGGCCCCGCCCCCUUUGUUCUCCCACAAGCCCUUUAGCAGGGGAAGGGCUGGUCAAAUAAAGAUGUGGUCACGUGGCAGCGCUUUUCCCAAACUCUGAGUGAGGGAUGGCAAUAAAGCCGACGGGAAAGCAAACACUUCAGAUGGGGAUCUGUGAUUGUGCAAGAGCGCCUCCUGUGGGCAGCAUCAUGACAGAAAACACUGGACCAGAAUAGAACAGAAUUCCCUGGUAAUGCAGCAGUGUUUCUCAAAUGCAGCCAUUACAGAAGGAGACGCGUAACACAAUACAGAUGGAGACAGACAGCUGAUGUGUGUGUGUGUGUGUGUCCAUCUGCUGCAUGACUGAGUCACUGAGUCAUCGUCACACAUGAACACACUCGCAGGAAUGAUCUCCCAGGGGCCGAUGCACAACGAAUGACACAUGCAGGACGGGAGACUUAUGUUUUUUCUGUUCCGUAGUGAGAUAUAAUCUGUAUCUUGCUGUGCCGAACAAACUUCCUUCCUGUUGCCACAAAUGCCCUUUUAAUAUCAUGGACAUGAUCCUGCAUUAAGACGCCGUCUAUAUAGAGCACUUUAGAAAGAAUGGGAAGUGUCUCGCCAUUUUUACGCCCUUCAGAUGCAAAUGUACUAAUCUGAUGUUUGUUCAAAUGCAAUUUUAUUAGGAAAUGUGUAGGAAAAACGGUUUUAUAUAAACAGGUUAAUUAACUGGUGCUUUAUUAGAAAUAAAAGGUUUGCAUGCCAGUAAUUAUUUAAAUGUGCCAAAGACUUAAAGGAACGGUUCACCCAAACAUGAACAUUUGCUGUGAAUGGGUGCCGUCAGAAUGAGAGUCCAAACCACUGCUGUCCAUCAGUUAACAUCUUGUGAAGAUGGAGAAAACAAUAUUAUGAGGACUCAUAUUUUAACCCAAAGCAAUGGGUUAAAGUUAAAAAUGUCUUAAAGAUGAGUAUGUUUCUUACAAACAUGCAGCUUUUCACUUUACAAGAUGUUAAUUGAUUGCCUGGAGUGGUGUGGAUUACUUGUGGAUUAUUGUGAUGUUUUUAUCAGCUGUUUGGACUCUCAUUCUGACGGCACCCAUUCACUGCAGAGGAUCCAAUGGUGAGCAAGUGAUGGAAUGCUACAUUUCUCCAAAUCUGUUCUGAUGAAGAAACAAACUCAUCUACAACUUAGAUGGCCUGAGGGUGAGUAAAUUUUAUGCAAAUUUUCAUUUUUGGGUGAACUAUUCCUUUGAAGUACAAAGUCAUAAAAUUGAGUAAAACCACCAUAUUCUUUCUUAAGAUGUUUGUUUGCUUGUUUGUGUUGUUCUUGGUUUAAGACGUGCCUGAUUCAAAAAACAAACAAUUAUUUACAUGUUUUUUUAAAUCUUUUUCUUUUUUUCUGUAUAUACUAUGUGUUAUUCCUGGACCACUUGACCUUUUUUAUUUAUCGUUUGUGAUUUAAUUUAUAUUUUGAAAGUAUUGCAAAAGACUUAUUCUUGACUUUUAAUGAGUUUUAUAUUUUUUCAUGAUAUCUGUAGUUGUGUUUUAGUUACUCUGAGAGCCGUAUGUUUUACACGCUGUUUGUUUGAUUAUAUUGAAUGAAUUUCAGACGAUGCUCACCAGGCCAGAAUUCAAGACUUGUCUUCAGAAACUCACUACAAGUGUUACAGACUAUUGCAAAUGAAUUUUUAAUGGUUCCUUGUCGAGCUUUAGUUUCUAGCUAGUUUUAUCAUCCAUACAUGACAAUCUUGUAGUUAUUUUCCUUACAAGACUUACAUCCCCACUCAUAUGCCAAAAGUGAUGGAAAUAUGGCAACCCAAAGAUGGAAUAAUGUUGGAAGGGCAAUGGUAAAAGUUCAAAAUCUCUUUGUUUCCUCACAAGUGUGUGCUGAUUUUAGAGCCAUAUUGCAGAGUCUGUGUUGUGUGUAUCAUGACCCUGUUGGAUUUAUGGAUUUAUUAUAGGCUACACAUAAUAUUGGGGAGGGAGGGGUUGUGUACAUGAACUAAUGAUCACUGUAACAUAAAGAAACCAAAAUUGUCUGGAGAAUGUGUUAAAAAAUAUUCAAAAUAUUUCAUGAAAUAUAGCUGUAUUAAAUGAACCGCUUCUGGUUG